AUGCGAAUUAGAACAAUGACGCUCAGAAACGGGAAGGCGGUUGCAAGAGAAGGCGCCGCGGAGACAAGCAGUGCGGCAGUAGUUGAGACUGCCAUGGAGUCCAUGUCGCUUGCAACAGGAGGCUCAUCUGGGCCGGAAGGAUCAGAAAGCAUGGAGGUUGAUGAGGAGACUCAAGCAACCCCGGCUAUGAAUCAAUCCGCCAGCAGCGGGGUGACUAUCGAUACUGCGAGAGCGCAGGUCAGGAACCUCGGAGCGAGGUUGAAUGCCCUCAUGAGUGAGCAAGCGGGAAUGGAGCUGAGAAUGGAGUUGCACCAGGAGGGUGGAUCCGUAGAGGACAAAGUCCAGCUCGCCCUUUUCGAGAGAGAUGCGGAGAAGUUGGCUAUUCAAGUGAAGAAGUGGACAGGGAUGGUUAAUCUCAUGCAGUUGGGAGAGACAGCAAUGGCCACGACUACUCCCGUUGGGAUGCAGGCGACAUCGUCAACUGUGCUGAGUGCGCAUAGGGAUGAUACGCUAGACGAUAAGUCAGUGGUGCUGAACUCGCUCAUGCCGCGUUACCAUCGCAAAGUUCCCGAUCACGAGAUGCCGAAGAUCGACCGAAAGUAUUCAGGUCCUGUUCGAACAAACGUUCGUAUGUUCCUGCAUGAGUUCAAGACGCAGGGGAAUCUGUCGUACGGCUCGAAGGUGUUUGCGGUCGUCUGCUAUCGUCUACUUGCCCUAGCGAAUAUGGACCAGAAGGUCAGGGACAAGUGGGACGAGCUCAGAGAAAAGGCGAAAGGAGAUCGUUGGUCCUGGGACAAGUGUGAGCAGGUGUUUGUCGAGUGCGCACUGUCCAUCCAUGAGAAGCAGACUGAAGUCGAGGACUUUGCACGACAGGGGCGCGAGAAAGGCGAGUCGUAUGCAGAAUUCGCGGCUAGGUUGCGUCGAUUGGUAGAGGUCUAUCGAGUUAGAGAGUUGGCCAAGCAAUCCGAUGUGGUUACCGCGCUGAAAAUGUCGAUCCCCUCAUUGGCGAUGACAGUCAUGCAGCAGGGUCUCAUUAUCAAGUUGCUUUUGGAGCACGUUGGAAUGGACGUACCUGAUACCAACAGUGUCGACUUCCUGAUGGAGGCUAUCCCCACUGCUUUGGGUCCAGAUGAUUGCAUGGAGUGGAAAGCCUUCAUCGAAGGGUCAAAGAAGGCGAGAGUGUUGAGGGAGGCUGACGAAACCAAGACCAACCAGGUUAAGCAGCAUCAGCAGCAGCAACAGAAGCAGGCCGUGAGCGGACAGGUGAGCGGAGGAGCCGCUACCAGUAAUGCCACCAUGUCUUCUGCUACCCCAGCUCAGCACUACCAACAGGGUCAGCCCAAUGGCCGUGGAGGUGGACGAGGUCGUGGUCGUGGUCGAUUCUCACAUCCAUACAGAGGAAAGAUCAAGUAUGGUGCUGUGGGUGUAAUCAAGGAAGGUGUUGUUGAUUGUGCUCUUGGUGCGUACGAGGUUGAGGACGACAAGGAUGGACUUUCUUUCGAAGAGUACACAUUGGUAAAUAACCCAAUGAUGACGUUGUACGAUGGUUACCCCCUUUUCGAAUUUGGUGACGGUGAUUUCGCAAUUGUGCAAAAGACGUAUGGAUCUGCCAGACGCAAGAAUCAACCAGACAAUCGUUUGUUUAUUCCCGUCAAGAUUCAUGGAGAUCAGCACCUUGCACUCAUCGACACAGGGGCAACACACUCGUUUAUCAGCGCCAGGAUCGUAAGUCAAUACGCAAUCCCGGUUAACAAGAUGACAGGAUGCAUCGAGUUAGCAGACUCUUCAACCAUUCAACGCGUCGGCGAGACCGAGAACGUGGAGGUGGUUUGUGGAUCGAACUUGCUUUGCGCACCAUACGAGGUUAUUGAUCAACAACAUGCCCUUACCAUUGCGUACCUUGGAGUGUCUGAUUCAUCGGCGUCGUCAAGGACCAGUUUGAGUUGA